GGUGGUGGGAAGCAUUUAUAGGCCCCGGGAAGGCGCUAGACACCAACCGCUUCUUCAUUAUCUGCGUCGCCAACCUGGGGGGCUGCAGCGGCACCUCGGGGCCCUCUUCCUUCAAACCCCAGCAGCAGCAGCAGCAGCAGCAGCAGCAGCAGCAGCAGGAAGGCGGAGCAGCAGAAGAUGCGCCUCGCUACGGCCUCAGCUUCCCGUGGUUUACGGUGCAGGAUAUGGCGCGAGUGCAACGCAGGGUCAUAGACCACCUGCAGAUCCGGCAGCUGCAUGCAGCAGUGGGCAGCAGCUUGGGGGCCCUCCAAGUCCUCAGUUGGGGGGCCCUUUUUCCAGAAAGGGUUUUGCGGCUGGCGGUGGUUAGCGGGUCUCUUUACUCCAAACCCUUGGCCAUUGCCUUCAGAUACAUUCAGCGACAAAUCCUCACCCUAAUUUCGCCAACGGAGACUACUACAACAAGGCAUUUCCUUAUGUCGGCAUGA